AUGGAAGAGUCCGCUCCCGAGCUCAUCGAGUAUUUGGAGGGCAGGAUUUCAUUCGAGGAGUUUGAAAGACGAAGGGAAGAAAGAAUAACAGGAAGGCUAAAGGUGGAUGGAGAAAAUGACUUUGAUAUGAGUUAUGAUGCCAUUCCUGGCACGUCCAGUCAGUACAGUGGAGCCUGUAAACCUUUCACAGGCGGUGCUGAAGACGAUGUCAAUCCAUGUGUUCAGAAGGCCUUCGCCUUCAUGAUGGGGGAGGAAGAUGAGGAGCUGCAGGAUGAAGACAUGGAUGAUGAGGACGGUGACGGAGACUGGAAGGACAUCGGAAUGGACGAGGGCAGCAACGAGGUCACACCAGGAGACGUGCUUGCACUGGAGAUGGAACUGAACCGGGAAAACAAGAAGAUGAUGAGGGAAAAGAGGGCCCGCAGUAAGCUCCCUCGCGCUCUCCGAGGCCUGAUGGGUGAAGCCAACAUCCGCUACGCUCGCGGAGACAAGGCCGACGCCAUCCUGAUGUGCAUGGAAAUCAUCCGCCAAGCUCCUCUGGCAUAUGAACCUUUCUCCACGCUGGCGAUGAUCUACGAGGACGAAGGCGACGCGGAGAAGGCUUUACAGUUCGGCCUGAUCGCUGCUCACCUGAACCCGAGCGACUGUGACGAGUGGCUGAAGCUGGCCGACAUGUCGCUGGAGCGGGACAACAUCAGACAGGCCAUCCUCUGCUUCAGUAAAGCGCUUAAAUAUGACUCGACGAACGUGCGCUACCUGUGGGAGCGCUCCAGUCUGUACGAGCAGGUGGGGGAGCACAGGCAGGCCAUGGACGGCUACCGGCGCAUCCUCACGCUGCUGCCCCCUACUGACGGGGAGCACUUCAUGCAGCUGUCUCGCGACAUGGCCAAGAGCUACUACGAGAGCAGCGAUUUGCCCUCGGCUAUCGGGGUGAUGGAGGAGGCUCUGUCCCGCCACCACGAACUCGUCACACAUGAGUGUGUGAACAUGGCGGCCGAGCUCUACAUAGCAACACACCAGUAUGGUAAAGCGUUAGAGGCCUUGCUCGUGUUCUGCAACAUCGCACUGGUAAGGAAGGACGACAUGCAAGAAGCGGAGGAGCAAGCAAGAUCAAACACUGUGGAGAAGAAGGAGGAGAUCGAGGAGGAGAGGACGAACGAUCUGAAUAUGCCGCCAGAACCGAACGGAGAGGUCGUGGAGGUGAUCGUUCCUGUAGAAGUUCCUAUAGACAUCAGGGUGAAGCUUAUGGUCUGUCUGAUCCACCAGCACGUCUACAAACCCCUGGACGACAUGCUGACGUCUUUGAUGGAGCAGAGCCCGGAGGAGCUGGGCGAUCUGUAUCUGGACGUGGCCGAAGCCUUCAUGGACGAGGGCGAGUACGGUUCCGCCCUGCCGCUGCUCUCUGCGCUCGUCUGCUCCGAGAGAUACAACCUCGCCGUGGUGUGGCUCCGUCAUGCAGAGUGUCUGAAGGCCCUUGGGCAUCUAGAGGUGGCAGUGAAGAGCUACAGUAAGGUGGUAGAGAUGGCGCCGCUGCAUCUGGAGGCGCGUCUGGCACUGUCCACCCUGCAGCAGCAGCUGGGCAGGCCGGAAAGUGCCCUCGAAGCGCUGGAGCCCAUGUACGACCCGGACACGCUGGCCCAGGACUCCUCGGCCGCCCAACAGGAGCUGAAGUUGUUGCUGCACCGCUCCACUCUGCUGGGAUCUCAGGGCCGAAUCGAGGACUAUAUAGACACGCUGCUGACCAUGCUGUCCAUGCUGCUGAAGGUGGCGAUGGUGAGAGCUCAGGUGUGCCUGAUAGCUAACAGAUCGUCCGGCUCUAGGCACCUGAAGCUCAUCAAAGUUUCCAGAGACAAGCUGGCGGAGAUCGAAGACCAGGAGGCUGCGUACAUGGACGUGACUGGUAAAACGAGCGUGCUGUCUCGGGAGGACUGGUGGCGGCUGCUGCUGUGCUGUGUGGAGGCGCUGUGCCAGGAGAAGCGUUACGGCGAGGCCGAGCUGCUCGUCGACUCCUCGCUCGAAUUCUACUCCUUCUACGACGUCCGGGUCAAACGCAAAGAGCUGGAGUACAUGGGCCUGAGCGCCGCCUUCCUGGACCGUAACUACCGCAAAGCCUACGACUACAUCAGGUUGAUGUUGAUGAGCGACGUGGACCGAACUCAGCUGUGGAACACUUUCAGCCAGGUCACGCGGCACUCUCAGGACGGCCGGCACCAUCGCUUCUGUUUACGCCUCAUGCUUAAGAACCCCGAGAACCACGCGCUGUGCUUACUCAACGGCCACACGUCGCUCGUCUCCGGGACCUUCAAACACGCCCUCGGUCAGUACAUGCAGGCGUUCAGGAAUCAGCCGUCCAGCCCCCUGCACAGCUUAUGUGUGGGUCUCACCUUUUUUCACAUGGCCUCCCAAAAGUUUGUGACCAAAAGACACCCGCUGGUGCUGCAGGGUUUCUCCUUCCUGUGGCGCUACGUGGAGCUGCGAGGUCACUGUCAGGAGACUCUGUAUAAUUUAGGUCGAGCUCUGCACCAGCUCGGUCUGACCCACCUGGCCAUCCACUACUAUCAGAAAGCCCUCAGCUUCCCCCCACUCAAACUGGAGGGCAUCGAGGAAGAUCAGGUGGACCUGCGCCGAGAGAUCGCCUUUAACCUCUCGCUUAUAUACCAAGCUAGCGGCAACAAGGAAUUGGCUCGCUACUACAUCUACACGUACUGUACUGUCUGACGAUGAGCUGUGUGUGUGUGUGUGUGUGUGUGUGUGUGUGUCUGUGUGUGUAUUAAAUACAGUGUGCAGAAAUGAUGUCAAAUAUUUUUCUACUGUAUUUUUCCAAUAAAAUUAUUUAUUAUUGCUAUA